AUGGAUCCUCUCGCGUCGAUCAACCCAUAUGUAUCACUCAAAGAAGGACCGCAGUUGGGCCAAGUCUAUCAGAAGCUGCCUGCCAAGAGUGCCCGUUUCCUACGAUAUAAGGGAACAGAGAAAUCAGCGGACACUUCUGAGCAGCUGCUUGUAUUUGAUUUUGAGGUCCAUCAGGUCCAAGAUGUCAAGUCUCAGUACUCAGCCUUAUCCUACACGUGGGGUCAUCCCAUACUCGAUAAAUUCGAAGAUGACUACUCGCACGCGAUAAUUUGCAGCGGCCGACGUAUGCCGAUUGGUAUGAAUUUGAACGACGCCCUUCAGUAUGCUUACUUGGAGUCGGAUAUUGCCCCGCCGCUGUUCUGGGUAGACGCCGUCUGUAUUAACCAAAGCGACCUCGCGGAGCGGGCUCAGCAGGUUACCCUCAUGACUAGUAUCUACUUCAAUGCCGAUAAUGUCGUUGUGUGGCUGGGGAAGGACGACGAGGAUGCGCAUGAGGCCCAUUCGCUCUUGUCUGAAUACACGCCUGCCCUUAGAAAUAUCGGAUUGGACUUGAUCUCGGCGAAUCCCGAUGGCGGGAUAGAAGCGGGAGUAGUCAACUUGUACGACGACGAGAAGCUCCACGAAAAAUAUCACCUCACCCCAAGAAGUAUGGAUUCAUGGAAGGCGCUUGUGAGGUUUCUGUCUCGAAGGUGGUUUGCUCGCAUUUGGAUCGUGCAAGAAAUGGUAUUCAACCAGUCGCAUUUGGUCUGUUGCGGUCCCCUACGAUUCAACUGGAAGGACUUGGAUGGUUUCGUCGGCUUCGUCUUCGGCGCACAGUGGCAUGGGAUGAACUUCCACGGGCUUGAACGGGAAACGGCGAGGAUUGCACGUACUUUCACAUUCCAUCGCGAGAUUCGCUUAUCGGGAACCGAGUACUUGAACGACGACCCAAAGUUCAGUCUCCUAAACCCUGAAGAAAAGCUAUACGAUUUUGCGCAGAGCUACCUCCUUUCAUCCGCUUUCUUGGAAGCAACGGAUCCCCGCGACAGAGUAUUCGCGUUAUCCGCAUUUGUUAAUUCAUAUGCGGUUAAGAUAGACGUCAAGCCUAUCUGGCUCAAGGCGGACUACUCUCUUCAGACGACGGAAGUCAUGCUACGUACUGCACAGCUAUUGUUGUGGAAGACGCGAUCCCUGGACAUGCUUUCGUAUGUUUCGGAUCUCAGCUGUCGAGUACAGUCCGACCUACCGUCUUGGAUGCCACACUUCCACAUCUCUGGGGCUGUUGCAUCUUGCCCUCAUUCUCAGACAUAUACCUACACUUAG